GCACAAGUUCUAUCGAUCUCUUUGUCUCUCAAACAUAUCCGGCCACACGUUCUCUAAUUUUGCAAAAUGGUGUCGAAAGUAGAAGAAGCCACGAAGGGGAAGCAGCAGCAGCAGCAACCACAGCAGCCAUAUCACCAGCAACAGCUUCAGAAGCAUAUGCAGUGCAACAAAGGAAAAGCUAGCAAGUUCAAGAGAAGCAGCUCCAAUCUCGAAGAGGACGGCGCUUCCUCCGCCAUUCUCUUGCUUGCUUGCAUUGCCUGUGCUCCCUCAUAUGGAUAGACAUCUAGAUCGAGACAUAACCAGAAGAUGUCCUAGUUGAGUUCGAUCCCAUAUUUGUUCUGCCAUUCUCUAGACACAUAGGCAUAUAUAUGCUUACUUCUCAUUUCUCAAACCUGCUUUUCCUUACAUAAUUGGUCAACUAUUCUCUGUUAUACUGUUUCUUCAGUACCUCUUCUUGUUGUAUGGGUUUAAAUAUCAUUUGCAAGUAAAUACUAUAUAUCCUAUUUUUCUUCUUA